UUUUUUUUUUCUUUUCUUUCCUUCACUUUGCUUUUUUUCUUAUCACUCAGCUGCACUGAAGCCUGAUGCCUUUGGUAGCCAGUGGUGGAGCAGUGAGAAGCAGCUUUUGCUGCUGUGCUUUUACAGGAGAGGCUUGGCUGCAUUAACUCAUAGGAAAACAAGAGCCCAGGCAGCUGGAGCAGAGCCUGGCAAUGGAGGUUGGCCCCACAGCAGCCAGCAGCAGCUCCCCAGCUGGCACGGGCUGGCUGGAUGUCACCCUUGUCACCUGCACCGACACCGUCACUUUCACCGAAGUGCUGGAGGAAGAGGAGUGGAAAUCCUUUUACUAUUCCUUUAAGACAGAGCAGCUGGUGACUCUUUGGAUCCUCUUUAUUGUUACUAUUGCUGGAAAUGCCAUCGUGCUCUUCUCUACGUGGAGAAGGAAGCGGAAAUCUCGAAUGACCUUCUUUGUUACACAGUUGGCAAUCACAGAUUCAUUCACGGGACUUGUAAACAUAAUGACUGACAUCAUCUGGCGCUACACGGGAGAUUUCAUGGCCCCUGACAUCGUCUGCAGAGUCAUCCGGUACUUACAGGUGGUCCUCCUCUAUGCUUCAACCUACGUGCUCGUGUCACUGAGCAUAGACCGAUAUCAUGCCAUAGUUUACCCCAUGAAGUUCAUGCAAGGAGAAAGGCAGGCAAAAGUUCUUAUUGGAGUGGCCUGGAGCCUCUCUUUCCUGUUUUCAAUACCAACUCUGAUCAUUUUUGGGAAACGACAGCUCUCCAACGGGGAAGUGCAAUGCUGGGCUCUCUGGCCAGAUGAUUCCUACUGGAUCCCAUACAUGACAGUGGUUGCUUUCCUUGUGUACUUCAUUCCACUGAUCAUUAUCAGUGUCAUAUACUCAAUCGUGAUUCGAACCAUCUGGAUGAAGAGCAAGGCUCAGGCUGUCAUUAUAUCCAGCUGCACUGAUGGCAAAACCUCUGCUGGCUACACCAGUCGCGGGUUUAUAUCCAGAGCGAAAGUGAAAGCCAUCAAGUACAGCAUUGUAAUUGUUCUUGCAUUUGCUCUCUGUUGGAGCCCCUACUUUCUUUUUGAUAUCCUGGACAACUUCAACAUCCUUCCUGAGACCAAAGAGCGCUUCUAUGCAUCUGUGAUAAUUCAGAACCUGCCAGCCUUGAAUAGUGCCAUCAAUCCCCUCAUCUACUGUCUCUUCAGCAACCACCUCUGCACCCCCUUUGAGGAGAGAAGAACACGACGGUUGGAGGGGACUUUCCGGGACCGGAGUGAUGGAGGGCAGGAGAUGCAGGUCCUGUCCAAACCAGAAUACAUCUAGCCUUCCAAACCACAGCAGAACCCAUGCUGAGAGCAGAGGUUUCCCUGAAGAACAGAUGGACACCAAGCAUGAACUGACUGGACUGAACCUGUGCCUUGCUGCUGUUGAAUAGCACAAGUAUUUGGGACCAGAGCUGCGCCUUCAGCUAUAACACUCUGCCAGGAACAAGAUGGCCACAAGGGGUUUGCAUGCUACUUUUGUGAUGGCUCAUUUUAGCCAUGUUUUCAAGCAAGCUGUAACAUAUCUGUGCUCCAAAUGGCAGAAAGAAAUGUAAGAAGUGUCUAUUUAGAGCCUUCUCUCUAUUCUUCAAAAGUCCCUUGAAGCCAUCCAGUACCAUGCAGCUCAUAGAACUGGUGAAGUGUUUACAAGCAGUUACAGGAGGGCACCCUGCUGAAAAUAAACCUGGGAACUUUUUGAAUGAGAAUACUCCACUGUCACCCUAAGUAAUUAUGUCUUGGUUUCACAUGCAACCACUGACAAUACCCUAACAGAAAGGAGGGGACUGUAGGGAUGGAUGGCUGUCUCCCUCCCACCUUGCCACGACCACAUACACAUCAUCUGUGUAGUUCAUCAUCCCAUUCCCUUACAGAAUUCCCCUGCUGUUUUACCUUGGCUCCCCUACCUUGAUUUGCCAUGAUGAAUAUGGGUGAUAAUUUUCUUCUGGGCUACAGUAUAAUAAGAUGUGACCUAGCCCAUCCCAAGUCCUGUCAUUCCUCAACUGCUCUGCUGCUCACAUCCCUGCAGUAAUAGCCCCAGGCAAUCUCUGGGGGGUCCCGUACUCAUGUCACGUAAGUACACUUGCCAUACAGAACACUCCAGCAGUUGGAGAGAAGGAUGGGUUAAAUUGUAAAACUCAAAUUAUAUUUUUUUAAUUAUAUGCUGAUGUUCCAAUUUUAUGAAUUCAUUGUAGAGUCCAUAGAGCACCGGUCACCAGGUAGAGCUUUGUGGCACAGUAACCUGAGCUGCUGGACAUUCCCUCCCUCAAACCCUUGGGUUUGAAUACAAAUGUUCUUGGUGUUGACUUAGCAACUGAGUGAAGGAUAUUAACGCGAAUGCUCAUUUUACCAUAAGUCAGCUUAAAUUGUUUGCAUGAUAAUGAGCUCUAACCAGCUGCAUGGCAUAUUUUUGCCUCUCUCUGUGCAAAAUUUGCAUUCUUACACGAGUCUGUUUAAACAGUUUUUUUUAAUGAUGAUGAUGAUCCUUCACACUGAAUUUAUUCCCUGCGAAACAAGAACUGAAUAAAAUUUAUUUAAUUAACUGUGUUACAAAAAUCUUUUUUCCUAAGCAGAAGACAUAUAAAAUCAUGCAGCUUUAUGUUCUCAGGAAAAUGAGUAGUGUUUCUCUUUUUAUUAUUACGAAGUUCUGUUGCAUAAAAAUUUUGGUGUUAAAACCAGCUUAAUUAAAACCAUGAAUCCACACCACCCUGUACAGCCAUUGCCUUGGAUAGAUUGUCUAUAAGAACCAGAAAACAUUUUUUUUUUUUUUUGUAGGCUUCUCGUAACAUUUCCAGAAGUGGACUGCAUGGUUGAAUCUUCAUAAUGAUGUUGGUUUUAUCGGGGGGUUUUUUUCAACCAUUUUUCAUCUGAUACAAUUACACUGCUUGCCUACUUUUGAACAUUCAAUGCAGUUAAUAUCUGGAAAUCAGACAAAUUUUUUUAGUAGUACUUUGGUUUGUAAACUUACAUGCCUCAGUACCCCCCAGAAUAUGUAUAUAUUUGGUCGGCAUAUGAAUUAGCCCACCAAAAUUAAGCGUAUGAAGAAAUAAAUGUAGGAAGCCUUGAAUUAAGAUAUUACUCACUUAUUUUUCAAAGAGAUGGUAUCUUUCAACAAUUACUGUGUCAGGUACCAUUUAUAUGUUGUUCCUGUCAUUUUACCUGUGGACCUGACUGCAAUUCCCUUCUUCUUAUGGAGAUAUUUCUCUUUAAAUGCCCUCACAUUAUUUGUGUCUGCACCCCUUCCAAGCAUGUGUUCAGAAAUAAUUAUUCUCAUUUUCUUCCUGCUUCCUUCUUGCGGUAGCACAGGAAUGCUUACUA